AUGUUGAAAUCAUAUAAUACAGCGUUCAAGCUGGUCAGGCAUAUGGCCACAUCAGCCUCGAAGUCACCUAAAUUGACAGAUGUUUUUAUUGUUGGAGGUGGUCCAGCUGGUCUGGGUUUAGCUACAGGGAUAAAAACUUCAUCAAAAUUAAAGCAUUUGAAUACUGUCUUGGUUGAUGGUGGGGAUAUAAAAGGGAAAGUUGCCCCAUUCUAUGAUAACCCACCUGAUUUUUAUACCAAUCGUGUUGUUUCUGUGACACAUCCAACAAGAGAAUUCAUCGAAGAUAAAUUAGGGGCUACACUAAGAAAGGACCGUAUUAUGAGUUAUGAUGGGAUAUGUGUUACUGAUGGUGUUUCUAAGGGACUAAUUGAUAUGGAAAGGCCAGGAAUGGCCUGGAUGGUGGAAAUUUUAAACGUUCAAUCGUCUCUUUUAAAUCGAAUCAAUCAAUUGAAACCUUCAGGGUUCAAUUUAUUGGAUAAAACCAAAGUCGUGGAUAUUAAAUAUUCUGAUCCCGAAGAUGCCAGUUCUUGGAUUCUUGUGAGUUUGGAUAAUGGUGAAACUUACAAGACUAGAUUGUUAAUUGGUGCAGAUGGGUUUAAUUCAAGAGUGAAAACAUUCUCCGGUAUACUUUCACAAGGUUGGUUUUAUAAUAAAUCUGCUGUGGUGGCUACAAUGAAAUUAGAUAUGGAACCUUUGAAAAUUAGAGGUUGGCAAAGAUUCCUGCCAACAGGUCCUAUUGCUCAUUUACCUUUGCCAGGUGAUAAUGCUACCCUUGUUUGGUCCACUACUAAUGAAUUAGCUAAAUUAUUAACAUCGAUCCCAGUGGAACAAUUUACUGAGUUAGUUAAUGCUGCAUUUGUAUUAGAAGAUGUAGAUAUGAAAUAUUAUUACAAUCAAUUGAUGAAUGGUAAAAUGACUACUACAGAAUUGAAAGAAGAUGUUCAAUUUAGAACUAAUCAAAUAUUAGCUUCAUUGUCUGAUGAAUCAAUGGCCGAUGAUAUUUAUCCACCACCAAUUACGGAUGUUUUAGAUCAUACAAGAGCUAAAUUCCCAUUGAAGUUAUUCCAUGCAGAUACUUAUUGUCAAGAACGUAUUGCUCUAUUGGGGGAUGCGGCUCAUGCUACUCAUCCUUUAGCAGGUCAAGGUUUGAAUAUGGGUCUUUGUGAUACUGAUGCCCUGGUAAGAGCAUUAGAAUCUGCCACCGAUAGAGGUUUGGACGUGGGUUCAUUAUUUGCCUUAGAGCCUUUCUGGUCGGAAAGAUAUCCAAUUAAUUGUAAGUUAUUAAGCUUGGCUGAUAAUUGUCAUAAAAUUUAUUCAAAUACAUUCCCUCCAAUUGUUGGUAUGAGAACUUUAGGUGCUAAUAUUAUUAAUCAAAUAGGUCCUAUUAAGGAUUAUAUUUCCGGCACGUUAAGUUAUUCAGGUAAAUAUUAA